AUGGGAGGCGCCGCCUCGAUGGGCGGCGGGUCGCUCGGCGAGCUGCGCCUCGCCGUCGCCCAGCUCGACGACGCCGCGAAGCCGCCCGCGCGGCGCCGCGCGGCCCUCGACGAGGCCGUCGCACUCCUGCGGCGCCGGCCCGAGCCGACGGCCGAGGUCCGCCGCCUGGCACUGCGCUGCGCCGAGGCGGCGCGGCGCUGGUCCGACGACGCCGGGGCCGCCGGCUGCGAGGCCUGGCGGCACUGGUACGCCUUCGCCGCCGCGGAGAUCUACUGCGGCCUCGGCGAGGCCGAGGGCUCGGGACCGCUCGCGAUCGCGCGCUUCGGCUCGUCCGCCGCGAUGCGCGUCGGCGGCGACGUCGCCGUGCGCGCCCUCGACGGGCUGGCCAAGGCCUGGCGCGCCGCGGGCCAGGACCGGUCCGCGGCGCGCUUCGAGGAGGAGCGCGACGGCCUCGUCAUGGAUCUCGCGUGCGCCGAGGCGCCGCCGCGGCCGCCGGCGGCGGCGCCCGCGCGCAACGCGGACAUCCUCGACGCCGCCGUCGCGAAGCGCGAGCGGCGCGCCGCCGCGACAGCGCCCGCGGCGACCUUCGCCGGCCCCCACGCCGACGCGACGACGCCGUCCGUCGCGCGCGCGGCGCUCGACGACGCGCGGCGCGGCGGCGGCGCGAGCGCCGAGGCGCGCGCGGCCUACGCGCGGUCCAUGGCGUCCUUCUCCGCGUCCGUGCGCCUCCGGAACAUGGUCGACCCCGACGCGGGCCCGCCGCCGGCGCCCGAGGCCUGGGGCGAGUUCUGCGCGCCCUGCGCGCCCGCGGCGGCGGCCGACGACGCCUGCGCCUGCUGCCCCGCCGCCCCGGCGGCGCGGCGCCGCGGCGGCGGCCCCGGCGGGAGCGUCGCGGCGCCGGCGAGCCGCGACGCCGCCGGCGCGGGCCUCACGCUCUUCGUGUCCAUGCCCGACGGCCGGACGACGACGCUCCGGGACGUCGCGCCGGACUGCCAGGUCGACGAGCUCAAGGCCUGCCUCGCGACCAUCGCCGAUCGCGCCGGCGGCUACGACUCGACGAAGCCCUGCGCGGACGUGGAGCUCGUCUACGGCUCCAGGCACCUCGCGAGCGGCGCGAGCGUCGCCCAGUACCGCCUGCCGCAGAACGCGACGCUCUACGGCCUCGUGGGCCUCCUCGGCGGCAAGCGCGCGAGGAAAAAAAAGUCGAAGACGAAGGACCCCGUCCGGUGCACCCUGCGGCAGUGGGUCGACACGGGCUACCUCGACGGCCGCGCGUACGUGUGCUCGUGGCGGCACGCGGAGGGCUGCAAGGUCUGCCAGGACCGGCCCUUCGCGCCGGCGAACCGGCCGGCCGACGAGCGCAAGGCCGGCUGGCAGGGGCCGGGCUUCUUCACGAAGCGCUACCGCGAGCACUCCUACGUCGUCGCGCCGGGCCUGCCGCCGCCGCGGCCCGACGAGCCGGGCGUCCACCCGGCGCUCGCGGCCAUCAAGAAGACGGAGUGCGACGCGGGCUACCAGUGGCUCCUGGAGAGCGACGUCGGCCACUUCCGCUGCGCGGGCGGCUCGCACACGGCGACGGCGGACGAGUUCCAGAAGCUCGUCGACGACUUCGGCUUCCCGGACCUCGCGCACUUUGUGACCUCAAAAAAGAAGCUCUGGCUCAAGUGGCACGGCAAGACCGUCGACGACUACCUCCGCGCCGCCUACUUCACGCGCGAGCGCCGCGACCGCGCCGCGGAGCUGUCGCCCGCGUCCGCGAACUGGGAGCUCGCGAAGCGGACCUUCAAGCAGCGCUACGCGCUCUGGAAGCGCAAGUCCGAGAACUACGCCGUCGACGCCAAGGUCUGCGCCGCCCACGACUUCCCCCUGAACUAA